GUCUAAUGAGAAUCUCUUAACUUAGAAAUCUUACUUCUCUUUCAUUCAGAUUAUUGUGUAUACAAAACGCAAAUAUGUAAAGUGUUUUAAAAGAAAACAAGAGAUAAAAGUGAGAAAAGUUGAUAAUUAAUCGUAAUGCAAAGAAGAAGAAGAAAAAUAAUAGAGGGAAGAGAGACGAUAUUGACUUCAUUCCCAAUCGCAAACAUUCAGUCAGAGCAUGUCUGUUGAGUGAGGCAGUUGAUCAUUGGAACUGACUACAAUCGGUGCUACUAUCACAAAAUCCUCUGAUUUCAAAGAUUUCAGUAAAAAGUUAUUGAUCUGAAUUAAUGCAAAGUGCAAUGAUUUACUGAAAAAUACCUCAGUGAAGUGUGUUUUUCGAAAAAAAAAAGUACCACGAAAGAUUUUUGAGUGAUUAAAAUCAUGAAGGAAUAUAUAUUAAAAACUAUACUUUUUAUUUUAAAAAUCUUCUACUACAUCAGUGAUCCAUUCUACAGGAUUUAUAUUGGAUUAAAUUAUUCGAAUGCUGACAAAAAGAAACUUCCAAGAUUUUCAAGUAAACUCCUUGAAAUCCCAGCGAUUGAUCUUGCUGCUAAAAUACGAUCACAAGAGAUCAAAUCAGAGGAUGCAGUUGCAGCCUACAUAGAAAGAAUAAAUGCUGUCAAUCCUUACCUCAAUGCCAUCGUUGAGAGUGGUUUUCCACAAGCGUUGACUCUUGCCAAGAAAGCUGACAAAAUGUGUCAGGAGACUCCUGCAGAAGAACUGAAGCUCAAAUAUCCUCUCCUUGGUGUUCCCUUCACAGUCAAGGAAAGUUGUCGCCUGAGAAAUUUUCUGUGUACACAAGGAAGUUUACGAAGGGCAAAGCACCGAAGUGCAGAAAAUGGGGAAGUUGUUGGACGUUUGUUGGAUGCAGGAGCAAUUCCACUCCUCGUAUCCAAUACUCCUGAAUUUUGCUUCAACUGGGAAUGCUUCAAUUUUGUCACAGGACGCACCUUGAAUCCCUACAAUUCACAGAGAACCUCCGGAGGUUCUUCUGGUGGGGAGGGAGCACUUCUUGGUGCAGGGGCUUCAGUUUUUGGUGUUGGAUCUGACGUAGCCGGAUCCAUAAGAAUCCCAUCCCUUUUCAAUGGUAUCUUUGGUCAUAAACCGACUCGCCGUGCGAUAUCCAUUGCUGGACAUGCACCCCACCCAAGAGAUCCCAUUGGAGCUGAUUAUUUGGUUGUUGGACCAAUGUGCAGGUACGCCAAAGACCUUCCACAAAUUCUUAACAUCAUGGCUGGACCAAAUGCCCAACAGCUCAAUCUCUUGGAACCCAUCUCAUGGAAGAAUAUCAAAAUAUUCUAUUACGAGGAAAUCAAAGGACCUCUCAUUGUCCCCUUAACGGAAGACACAAGAGUAACUUUCUGGAAAGUCGUCAACCACUUCAAAGAAAUCGGCUCCCCAACGACAGCUUUAAACCUCGACCUGAGGAAAGCCAUAGAGAUUUCCCUAUCAUUUUUAACACCAGUUCCUGUGGAUUAUGUCACGUCAGAUCCUGAGGACAACAACUCCUGCGGAAAUAUCUACUGGGAACUGUUAAAAUCUCUUGUGGGACGAUCACAAUACACAUUCUCUGCUCUCAUUUUCAAUCUAAUUCUCGAUCAGAGAGCAUUUAUUCCUUCAAAAGCUAUUAAAAAGUACUGUGUGAUGGGAGAGCGUAUCAAGAGUAGCUUAAUAGAAAUCCUAGGCAAAGAUGGUGUCCUAGUGAUGCCUACUUGCUCCACAAAUGCCUGGAGGCACUAUGAAUACGCGGGAAAUCUGAGUUCUUUAGUGUAUGUGAUUCUCUUCAACGCACUUGGACUACCUUGUACUCACGUCCCAACAGGAUUGUCCAGUGAAGGUCUCCCUCUGGGCGUGCAGAUAAUUGCUGCUCCUCAUCAAGAUCGUCUGUGUCUUGAAAUAGCCAAACACCUGGAGGAUACUUUUGGCGGAUGGAGGCCCCCAAUGUGACGUGGGAGGAGGAUCAUGAAUCAUUAGAAAUACCAAAGAAUAGCAUAAAUUUUGCUUGAAUCAUUUAUAUCUGGCAUUUUAUUAUCAUCUUUUCUAGUACAGUAUAGUAAUUAUAAUGAAAUUUUCUCCUUCAUUUUCUUCAACUCUUCUCCCACUUAAACAUAAUUUAUUGACCAAGAAAUUUAAAAAACAGGAAGAAGACAAUAAAAUCUUUUGCCAAAAUACAGAAAA